AUGGCUCUCCUUCAUAUCUUGGCGUAUGCAGGUGGACUGGCAGCGUUCCUAUUUGUAACUUUAUCUCUAGCGAGUGGGUUGCUAUGGCUCGCCGAAUUGAUAGAAGAACAUUCAAAGUAUGCUAAAUCCAUAGGUACACGAGCCAUCUACGUUAUAAUAUCCCUUCACGUAUUACUAUACUUCACCGACUCCCUACCUAUCAUCCCUGUGCUCUUCUCUAUAAUCUGUCAUCUAGUCUACCUCCAGAACUUCUCCUCUUCAUGGCCAUACAUCUCUUUGACAUCUCUCAAAUUCAUCUUAUCCUGCGUAUUGGUCAUUGCAGAUCAUUUCAUUUGGUUCUUCCAUUUCGCUCAUCUAGCUCAGGAAUCUAAGAAAUUCAGAACCAACCCUUCCAACAAAUAUCGUUAUUCCAAUCAAAAUCGCUCAUCCACCGUGGCAUUAGGACCGAGCUUUGGAGAUGUAGCUGCCUUCUUUGCAGUCUGCGUGUGGUUCGUACCGCUGUUUUUGUUCUUGAGUUUGAGUGCGAAUGAUAACGCCCUACCUCAUUUGUCGACUCUUUCCUCCGGUCCUGCUUCGCCAUCCCCACACUCAGUGGACCUCUCAUCCCCUGGUCCAAGCUCUGGUGGAACAUCUUCGCCAACCCACCGACAAAUACGCACUCGAUCAUCCACCUCACUCGUCAAAUCGGUCCUCAACCCCCUAUUGUCCCUCUUACCUAGAGUCAGAAGGAGCGGUGGAAGGAAGAAUGAAGAAGGCCUGAUCGCACCUAGGACACCAGUUAGGGGUUCUCCAUUACAUUCACCUGUGAUUAUGCCUCAGCAAACGCCCAGUUAUUUCCCAUGGGAUUCAUCCGAAGAUACCUCCAGCUCGAAUUCGCCAAGUCACCUAAAUCUCAAUUUGGGUGUGAACGGUAAUAGAUCGGUCACUCCUCCUCCGCCAAGAAGGAUUCAAAGUGAAUUGUUUAUAUCAAAAAAUACCAAUACCACGAAUCCUAAUCCUAGGGGAAUAGCGACGAGGAACGGUCAGCCCGCUAGUCCCAUACCGGCUGAACAGAAGACGGAGAUUAUAGAAAGACCAAAGAGGAGUAGCCCUUUGGGAUCGGAUAAUGGAUUGACAAGACGGAAAGCGGAUUGA